GAGUGAUACCAAAAUCAGCUAUAAUAAACUUUCCAACACAAUGGGAAGCAUUAUGAAGCAGGAAUUCUUUACCUCCACAGGACACACAGAAGGAUCUCCCCAUAUUUCUGUUUGUGAUGAGACUUGACAACAGGGGAUUUAGCCAUCAUAACCACACAGAGUUAAUAAAGUAUCUUUCUUAGCUAAUACAUAAACACCACUUUCCUAGGACUCAUUUCCAUGAAUACACCUCCUUCUCCAAGUCCUCUCCUGGCCCUGGAGGAUCAUUCGGAGGGGUCUCUGGUGGUUGUAUUCCCUGAGUGCUGAGAUAUUAAAGGAGCCACUUUAGGACAUGGAUCCCAAAGCAGCAAGAGGUACCAGGAAGCGCCGCUGAUCUGCACAGACCCCUUUGCCUGCUGCUGCCCCACAGGGAACAGGGAGCUGCUGAGGAGCCACAUGGUCCAUCCCUGGAUUCUCCAACCACUGACUGCCCGUCCAUGCUGAACACAGCCAGGGGCCACAUCCCACUGCCUGCCCAGUGUCCAUCCAUGGAGGUGACCACCGUGUCCCCAUCUCCCGCCUCACACACUCAAGGAGAUAACACAUGUGGGAUUGAUAUCUGCUCAUCUGCCUCUGGGCUGGCUGGGAACGGAGCUCUCCUCUGCCUCCUCAGCUUCUGCAGGAACCCCAUCACAGUCUGUAUCUUCCAUUUGGCUGUCACCGACUUAAUCUUCCUGCUCUCUGUGGUCACCUUCAUCCUGCUCCACCUGCUGGAGAAAGUUUCCUGCUACACUAUUAUGCUCCAGGAGUACCUGAGGUUGUUUUUCCUGCUCUCGCUGUUCUCAUACACCACGGGGUUCUACCUGCUGACAGCCAUCACCAUCAAGAGGUGCACAUUCAUCCUCUGCCCACUGUGGUACCCCUGCCACCGUCCCUGGCACCUGUCAGGUUUUCUGAUUGUCCUUCUCUGGGCCCUCCCCUUUGUUACAGUGGUUAUCCUGUGCCUGACACUCAAGCCCCAGGUGUCUCUCACCUCCAUGAAUGCCCUCAACUUCCUGCUCUUUGCUCCAGCCAUGGUCAUUUCCAGCACAAUUUUCUUCAUUGAGGUCAAGCCUGCCUCCCAGCAGCAGCAACACAAGAGACUCAGCAUCUUUAUCCUCCUCACUGUGCUCUUCGUCCUCCCCUUCACUCUCCCACUCAGCCUCUGGACUUUACUGCAGAAGUUCAGCUACAUCAUUGUGUCAUCCCCAGUGGUUUUUUUGCUCGCCUGCAUCCACAGCAUCAUCAACCCUUUCAUCUGCUUCUCAGUGGGGAGCUGCAGGAGGCCCUGCUCCAUGGGGUCCCUAAGGAAGGCCCUCCUGAGAGUCUUUGGGGACACAGAAGGACACACUGCCUGCAGCAAUGAUCCCACCAUGGACAUUGUGCUCUGUUGAUUCCUGCCACUGCUGAGGGAUUCCUUGAGUGAUCUGAUCAAUAAAUAUCCACAGUAUCACCCUCCCUCUGCUGGUGCAUCCUCACCCUCUUUCCAGUCCACACUGAG